CUCCCUUGCGGAGCUGAACCCCACCAGACUACAGCAGGACUCGGGACGCGCUGGGUCGUGGGAAGGCCAUGCCCAAGGGGAGGCGGGCCAACCCCAGCACCGCGCGGGAUGGCGCGUGGUUUGCACAGUCUGGAAAGGUGCAAAUAUUUCCUGAAUCUCUUACAGCCUCUAUGCAAAAACAGAUACUAAAUUUAGAAGCUACUAAUCAAAUCAACAAUAGAUUGCCACAGAUGUACAAAGUUCGGGAGAAGAAACCAGUAAAGACAUUUCCAUUUUCAAUCCAUGAUAAUAGACAUUGUUUAUUGAAUGUCGGAGAGUACUUGGAUUCUGGACUAGGACUAAGGAAAUUUCAACGUGAGGCAUGCCAACACCAUUCAGAAAGCUACCUUUUUUUGGCCCAUGAACCCAUUCCAAGCACUACUGACAAGCAUACCAUUUAUCAGACUUCAUUUGUCGAGUAUCCAAAUACCAAACGGUCCAUUCUGGGGCGAUUUCCCAAAAGCCAUGCAGAUAGGUCCUUUGCUUUAAAUUCUUCAGCUGCAAAUGAUUAUCUGUGGUUUUCAAAAGGCCAUGACAGUCCUAAUAUUUCAGCUCCUGUCAGGCCUGAGAAAAGCUCUCUCUCUGAGCCUCAGCAACUUUUACCUGCUGAACAUCCAACAGAAUAAAUGUUCCAUGUGAAGAUGCUACUAAA